AUGUCUGUCCUCGCUAAAGUCUUGAAAAUGGACUGCAAGCAGGUGCUUGAGCCCCAGAGGAGCUGCGUUUACGGUGCGAUUUUUGUCAAGAUGUUUCACCAGCUGCCCAAGCUUUCGAGCAGCACGUCGCUGGAGGUGCAGAAUAAUGUAAGGGCAGCUGCAGAGGACAAAGCAGAGGAGAAGGUGGCAGCCUCGGCGGGAUCCAGGGGGCUCCCCAAAGCCGGCCAGCAGCACCCAUGCCACCCAAGAGUGAAAAGCCUGAAAGAAAUGCCAGGACCCACGACCUUCUCGAAUCUGGUCGAGUUUUUCUGGAAGGAUGGCUUUAGCCGCAUUCAUGAAAUCCAGCAAAAGCACGUUCAGGAAUAUGGAAAAAUUUUCAAGUCUCAUUUUGGUCCCAAACUAGUUGUAUCCAUUGCAGAUCGAGACAUGGUGGCUCAGGUUCUUCGGGAGGAAGGGGCCAUGCCACAACGGGCUGACAUGGAUUCCUGGCAGGAAUACAGGGAUCUACGAGGCAGAGCUACAGGACUUAUAUCUGCAGAAGGAGAACAGUGGCUAAAAAUGCGGCGUAUACUAAGGCAAAAAAUGGUAAAACCCAAGGAUGUUGCCAUUUUCUCAGGAGGAAUUAAUGAAGUUAUUGCAGAUUUAAUUAAGAGAAUCUACUUUCUCAGAAAUCAAGAAGAGGAUGGGGAAACAGUAAUAAAUGUUAACAGCCUUUUUUUCAAGUAUUCAAUGGAAGGAGCAGCAACUGUUCUGUAUGAGUGCCGCUUGGGAUGCCUGGAAAAUCACAUCCCUCAGAAUACUGUGGAAUACAUUGAAGCACUGGAGCUGAUGUUUAGCAGUUUCAAAACUACCAUGUAUGCUGGAGCUAUUCCCAAAUGGCUUCGUCCAAUUAUUCCAAAGCCUUGGAGAGACUUCUGUAGAUCAUGGGAUGGACUUUUUAAAUUUAGUCAGAUUCAUGUUGACAAUAAGUUAAAUGACAUAAAGCCUCUUUUAGACAAAGGAGAAGAGGUAGAUGGUGGACUUCUCACAACUCUGCUUAAGAGUAAGGAACUCACUGUAGAAGAAAUCUAUGCCAAUAUGACGGAAAUGCUUUUGGCUGGGGUAGAUACAACUUCAUUCAGUUUAUCCUGGGCAACUUACCUAUUAGCAAAGCAUCCAGAAGUGCAGCAUUCUAUUUAUAAAGAAAUAGUUAGCAAUCUGGGGAAGGAUGAAGUCCCUGAUGCACAGGAUAUCCCCAACUUGCCCAUGGUUAGAGCUCUUCUCAAAGAAACCUUAAGGUUAUUUCCAGUAUUACCAGGAAAUGGUAGAGUAACCCAAAAAGAUAUGAUUCUUGGAGGAUACCUGAUACCUAAAGGGACACAACUGGCACUCUGUCAUUAUGCUACUUCAUAUCAAGAAGAUAAUUUCCCACUAGCAAAUAAGUUCCAACCUGAGCGCUGGCUAAGGAAAAGCAAUAUAGACAGGGUGGAUAAUUUUGGUUCCAUCCCCUUUGGUUAUGGUAUUCGGAGUUGUAUAGGAAAGAGAAUUGCUGAACUGGAAAUUCACCUUGCGGUAAUACAGCUUCUUCAAAGAUUUGAAAUAAAAAUUUCUCCGAAAACUAAAACAGUUCAUGCCAAAACCCAUGGACUAUUGACUCCUGCAGAUUCCAUCAGGGUGAAGUUUGCUGACAGGAAAUGA